AAAAUAUGGCUUUGCCUUCUUCUCUAAACACAUGCCUUCUUUUGCUUUUCAUCUGUCUUCUCAAUGUUUCCACCACUAAAGCGAAGCCAUUAACUAAAGAAACUGUGCUUUUUGGAGGGAAUUUUCCAGCAUUGUAUGUUAUAGGUGAUUCAUUGGUUGAUUCAGGAAACAAUAAUCAUCUUGACACGUUGGCUAAAUCAAAUUUUCCACCUUACGGUUCUGACUUUGAAGGAGGCAAACCCACUGGUCGCUUUGGCAAUGGCAAAACAAUUGCUGAUUACAUUGCUAUUUAUUAUGACCUUCCUUUGGUUCCUGCUUAUAUGGGAUUAUCAGAAGAACAAAAGAACAAUAUCUCAACUGGUAUUAAUUAUGCUUCUGCUACCUGUGGGAUUUUGCCUGAGACAGGAAAGAUAGUGGGAAAAUGUCUCUCGUUGAGUGUCCAAGUCGAUCUAUUCAAAGAAACCAUUGACAAGAAUCUGAAGAAACAGUUUAAGACGCAGUCAGAGCUCAGUAAACACCUUGCUGAAUCGCUGUUCAUGAUUUCAAUCGGAGUUAACGACUACUCUUUCCUCUAUAAUAAGACAAUGGAUGCAAAUGGUUUCGCAAACAAGCUUCUUCGUGAGUUCUUUAUCCAAAUCCAGAGAUUGCAUGGUUUAGGAGCAAGGAAGUUCUUCAUCAACAACCUUAAACCCUUAGGAUGUUACCCAAACAUAAUAGCUCAUACCGUUCCACGUGGAAGCUGCGACGAUGAUUUGAACCUAGUGGUUGCCAUUUACAACGCCAAGCUAAGAAGCAGCCUGAGUCAUAUGAAGCAAAAAUUCACCAACACUUCCUUCCUGUACUCAGAUUACUUCAACUUCAUGUUGGGACUUCGAGGACCUUCCAGCAAUCAUGCUAGUUCGAAUCUAUUAAACACGACAAGCCCAUGUUGUCCUAGUGUUUAUGAUGGAGGUGCAACCACGAGUUGCAUGAAAGGUUCGAGCUCUUGUAAGGUGCCAGAUACACAUAUUUUCUUUGAUCCAUUUCAUCCGACCCAAUUGGCGAAUUUCAUGUACUCGAUUGGGUGUUUCCAUGAGAGAAAAAUUUGUCAUGUGGUGAGAUAUUAAUUGAAUUAAAUUUACUCAGCAACAAUGUCAAGAAAAACACAAAGUUUAGUUGUUGUUGUUUAUUCUGCUCUACAAUAAUGGUUUUGUAACGUUCGGGCACCAAAACCUUAACGUUUUC